CGACCCGAGGCAAAGCCGCCUUUCCCGUCACAAGCACCAAACUGAAACUGAACCGGAGACCGAGGCCACCACCCACGGGCUGGUGACAAGAGCGAGCGGGCCGACCUUUUCCGGCGAGGAACCGAGAAGGCCGGCAAGAUUCGAGGGGGCGGGGGAGCCAAGCGGAGACCGCCGGAGUCGUCGUCCACGCGGCCCACCCGCCGCCGCAAGGACUCGCCCGCCGAGGCGCCCAAGGAGAUGGGGGUCGACUACUACAAGGUCCUCGGCGUCGACCGCGGCGCCAGCGACGACGACCUCAAGAAGGCAUACCGGAAGCUCGCCAUGCGCUGGCACCCGGACAAGAACCCCACCAACAAGAAGGACGCGGAGGCAAAGUUCAAGCAGAUCUCCGAGGCAUACGAGGUCCUUAGCGAUUCCCAGAAACGCACAGUAUAUGACCAGCUUGGUGAAGAAGGGUUGAAGGGACAGCCUCCCCCAGGCGCGGGAGGUCCUAGUGCAUCUCCCUUCUACCCUGGCGGUGGCCAUUCCACCUCAUUCCACUUCAAUCCGAGGAGUGCAGAUGAUAUAUUUGCCGAGUUCUUCGGAUUUUCUGGGCCAUUCUCAAGCAUGGGUGGUAUGGGUGGCAUGGGUGGCAUGUCAGGUGGCACUGGCGGCAUGAGAGGGGACCCUAGAUCCUACGGGUCAAUGUUUGGCAAUGAGUUCCUCUCCUCGCAAUUUGGUGCGCAGAGUUCUGCAAGUAAUAUGCCGCGCCCAUCACACAAGCCUGCAUCCAUUGAGAACCGGCUGCCAGUUACCCUUGCUGAUUUGUACAAGGGUGUAGCCAAAAAGAUGAAAAUAUCAAGAGAGGUCAUAGAGGCCACCGGGAGAGUCUCACAAGUAGAAGAAAUUCUGACUAUAGAUGUAAAGCCUGGUUGGAAGAAGGGGACAAAGAUCACCUUUCCUGAGAAGGGAAAUGAAGCUCCAAACAUGAUACCUGCUGAUAUUGUUUUCAUCAUUGAAGAGAAGCCCCAUGACGUUUUCACUAGGGAAGGAAAUGAUCUCGUCGUGACAGAGAAGAUCUCUUUGGUUGAAGCACUGACUGGAUAUACUGUGCGUGUUGCUACGCUUGAUGGGCGUAUUCUGUCUGUACCCGUUAGCUCAGUGAUCCAUCCUAGCUAUGAAGAGGUGAUCCCUGGAGAGGGCAUGCCAAUACCCAAGGAGCCGAAUAAGAAGGGAAACCUGCGGGUUAAGUUCAGUAUCAAGUUCCCUUCCAGGCUAACGUCUGACCAAAAGGCUGGGAUCAAAAGGCUUUUGGGUUCUUAGAUUUAAAUGGCAUUCUAUAGACUAGCAGAAGUGGUUGUGAAUAUUGCCACCGUGUGGCUAGGUAGAUUCUGUUUGCCUGAAGAGGCCAAUGAGCGGAAUUGGUUAAAUGAGGGUAUCCCGUAACAUGCCUGUAAAAAUUAUAUUGAUAUGUUGUUGUUUUUAUCUCCAUAAUUUGCUUGA